AUUCCUAUGAUUCACAACACUAAACCUAGUCUUCUUUAAUUUCUAGCUAGAUAAAACCAAAAUGGGGCUCUCUAAAUACCCAGUAGCUCUGCUCUCCUUCAUGGUGAUAGCCAUGUUUCAUGUUUCCGACGCCCAGAAUACCCCGCAAGACUACCUAAAACCUCACAACGCCGCCCGGGACCAAGUCGGGGUUCCCCACAUGACCUGGGACGCCAACUUGGCCUCCUACGCGCAGAACUACGCCAACUCCAGGGCCGGAGACUGCAAGAUGGUCCACUCCGGCGGGCCUUACGGCGAGAACUUGGCGGCGGCGUUCCCCGCCCUCAACGCCGCCGGGGCGGUGAAGAUGUGGGUGGAUGAGAAGGCUAAGUACAAGUACAGCUCCAAUUCUUGCGUGGGCGGCGAGUGCCGGCACUACACUCAGGUGGUGUGGCGCAGCUCCGUCCGCCUUGGGUGCGGAAGGGCUCGCUGCAACAACGGCUGGUGGUUCGUCUGCUGCAGCUAUGCCCCCCGCGGCAACAUCAUCGGCCAGCGUCCUUACUAAUUAAUUCAAUUAUAUAUAUAUAAAUAA